AUGUGUGCGAUAUCAUUGGAGAAGGCUGUGCGACUUCGGUUUAAUGAACUGGUGCUAGAUCUGCUGCAAGAUACUACUGGCAAUUGGUGGUUACUACAGGUGAAGGCCUUCACACUUGCUUCUGUUCGUCCUGCAUCUGCCACACCGUUGCCGUCUAAAGCUACUCCGAGAGGUCUCUCGCGAACUUUAUCAGCACCAACUCAGUUUGGAGCCGGCAUGGCUCCUACUCCACAGUGGAAAAAAUGGCGCUGUGCUGGACGCUACUGCUCCAAGAGCUGUGGAAAAGGCCUCGGAUAUCUAACUAAGAAGGUCUUGCGGAGCUGCGAGUUCUACGACGACUUUGUUCGCCAGCAGGAUAUGAGUUUAGCUGGAGGCUUCACGGAAUUCCACUCCGCCUUGUCCUUUCACUUACAGCACCGCCUUCCGAAAAGGGAUCGUAGUCAGCUGUACGAGUCUCAACCACUUUGUAGUGCAUGCCUCCGGCGAUAUCAUACGCUUCGGCAGCAAUGGAUAGAGACA